AUGGCAAAGGACGACACCAAGCCAGCCGUCAACAGUAACGGCGUCCCUCUUUUCAGAUCGGAUUUCACAAAGCUCGACGUAAAAAUCGAUAACGAGAUCGUCUAUGAAUUUGGUGGUCCUUUCGGUGUUGUUGGAAUGAUGAUUGGCUUCCCUAUGAUGAUGUGCUACUUUGCCAUGUCGCUUACUUUGCACGAGGGUCACUUUUUCUUCCCAAGUGAGUUCACCGUUGAAGGCAUCAAGGAAUGGUUUGCCACCGAAAUCGUCGAGAAGGGUAUCCCUGCGGUGUUGCCCACCAUCAAGGCUACCAAGAUUUACAUGGGCUAUGUCUUGUUUUCAUUCAUCCUCGCUUACAUCAUGCCUGGUCCUGUUGUUCAUGGUCUCCCCAUUCCUUCUUUGAAGGGCAAACGCCUUCCUUAUGUUUGCAAUGGUUUGUCAGCAUGGUACCUCACUUUGGUUGUUUCGGCUGUUGUCCAUGUCACUGGCAUCUUCCGCCUUACCGAAAUCGUUGACAACUUCGCACCCAUUAUGAGUGUUGCUAUCAUCUGGGGCUUCACCAUGACUACUCUUGUUUACAUUUGCAGCAUCAUCAAUGGCACUCAACACCGUAUGUCUGGUAACUUUUUCUACGAUUACUUUAUGGGCGCACCUUUGAACCCCCGUAUUGGCCCUGUUGAUCUCAAGAUGUGGGCUGAAACCCGUGUCCCAUGGCCUGUUCUCUUUUACAUUUCGGUGUCGUGCCUUUUGAAGCAAUAUGAGCUCACGGGUCAAAUCUCUGCUCCCCAAGCAUUUAUGGUUCUCGCUCACUUUUUGUAUGUCAACGCGUGCCAAAAGGGUGAAGAGUGCAUUCCUACCUCGUGGGACAUGUUUUACGAAAAGGAUGGUUUCAUGCUCAUUUUCUGGAACAUGGCUGGUGUUCCUUUCACCUACUGCUAUGCAUCCAUUUACUUGAUCAACUAUCAAUUUGCUCAUGGCACUCCUAUCACUCACUCGUUGCCAUACACCAUCUUUUUGUUCUGCCUCUUGUUGGGUGGCUACUAUGUCUUUGACACUGGCAACUCGCAAAAGAACCGUUUCCGUAUGGAACAAAAUGGCUCCUUCAUGACCCGUAACGCCUUCCCUCAAUUGCCUUGGGGUCAUAUUAAGAACCCCUCCUACAUCAAGACCGAACAUGGCAACUUGCUUUUGACAUCAGGCUGGUGGGGUAUCGUGCGUAAGCCUCACUACACUGCUGACUUGUGUAUGGCCAUGUCUUGGGGUUUGAUCACUGGUUUUGGCUCGUUCUUGCCUUACUUUUACGUCUGCUUCUUCAUCGUUGUCCUUAUCCAUCGUGUAUCUCGUGAUAUGGAACGCUGUGCUAAGAAGUAUGGCAAGGAUUGGGAUCGCUACUGUGAACGCGUCCCUUACAUCUUUAUUCCCUAUGUCUUUUAA